CUUCUUUUGCGCUCUUUUUUUCUUUUCUUUUCUUUCACUGUAUUUCCCUUCUCUUCCCCGGGCGAUCGCCAUCGCCGCCCCCCACCACCGGCCACCAAAUCCGCUUCGUUCCACCGCGAGGUCGCAGCCGAAAGUGGCCGGCCAAGCUCUCUAUACCCGCCUUGCCCCUGCCUCUUCCUACUACGCCACUGCUAUCAGACCGCGCGCGGAGACAUAGACGCAUACGCAGCAGUUCAUUUUUGCUCCUACGCCGCUGUGAUUUGACCCUGUCUGAUCGCGUCCUGCUCCUGGCUUCCUCUUCUUUUGCCGGGUCACUGUAUAUCAGCACAGGGUUUCGGUGAUUUUGUUUCUUCCGCUUGUUGGAGCUUUCCCCGGUCUAGCUUCGUGCUGGCCGCCUGCCGAGCUUCCUCAGAGGUUUGUGCUGGAGGCUCAGAGGUACAUGCCAUGGCUUUAGAGACAAAACAAAUUGGUCUAUGUGUUAAGAAAGUUCUGAGGUCCUCCAUUAGAACAAGCUACAGAUGUGUCUCUGAACAUCCAGUCCUUUUCAGUUUGGGUGUUUUGCUCUAUUUAUUGUACAGAUCUUCACCGGGAUUCUUUGCAUUCCUGCUUUCUUCUUCACCUGUAAUUAUAUGUACUACUCUUCUUCUUGGAAUCUUACUGAGUUAUGGGGACACGAGUCUACCUGAGGUUAAUGAGGACACUGAGGCUAUUCCAAAGAUUUCAGCUUCUAAGGUUGGGGAUUCUUCAAGCGAUGUUCACUUUGAGGAAAAUCAGAGAAUUUCAGUGCCUAGUUUUGGGAAUAGUACAGAAAACUUCAAAGAAAGGGAAACUAAGCAAACGGUUACUGUCAGAGAGAGGUCUGCUGAACAUACUAGGCUUGAUGAGGGCGUCCCUCUCCUGGGAAGAGUUGAUGAACAAGAUGAGAAAGUUGAACAUUGUGACAUACCUAGAACAUUAACUCCAUUUCCCUCCAUGGUUAAUUUCCGUCAUGAGGUUGGGGUUGGGGAGGACUUGCACUUUAAGCAGGAAAGGGAAUACAGAGAUUCUUUUUUUAUCACAGAUAAGGCUGAUACACAUACUAGCUUAUUUGAAGGUUUCAAUGAGAAGAAUACAAACUUUGGCAUGUUUUCUUCCAGUGAGAAUGUUAAUGAACCUGCUGAAAUGGAGGAGAAUCAAGCAGCUAGCCAAGUGAGAGAUAUUUCUGAAGAGAAGUCAGCUGAUGGGAUAGCUGGAACUAGCAAACUUACUUAUGCCGUUUCUGUGCGCCAGAACAAAAAGCUUGAUGAUCUUAAGAUUGAUACUAACAAGGCUGUUGAGGACAAUAUACUUGAUUCCUCCCUUGGCUCACCAUGGGCAAGAGUUGGCAGUCAGGACGGUUCAUCUGGUUUUGACUCUGAUCAGUCUGAGAGUUCUUCGCCUGAUGCUUCCAUGACUGACAUCGCUCCAGUUCUUGAUGAGAUUGACCCUCUUUUGGGUGCUGAUUUCACUUGUCCUGACUCCAUUCCUAAGGACUAUUCAGACACUGAUUCACAUGUCUCCUCGAAGGAUCAUCAAACUGAUGAUGAUAGUAAUGAUGAGGAUGGCAAUGAUGAUGCUAAAGAUAGUGGCGAGGAGAACAAGAAAGAUGGUGGUAAGGAAGCUGCAUUUAUCUGGACAGCAGAUGAUGAAAAGAACCUGAUGGAUCUUGGAUAUUCUGAGAUGGAAAGGAAUCGUAGGUUGGAGAUUUUAAUGGUUAGGCGAAGAUCCAGGAAGAAUAUAAUAUUUGAAAUGGACAGUAACUUGAUAGAUGCCAAUAGCAAGGAUUCUGGGAAAAGUGUAGAUGACUUAUCACGCUUCCAUGCACAUGUACCACAUAUCUCAGUUACAAGGAGGAACCCGUUUGACCUUCCUUAUGGGCCCGAAGAAGCGGCAAUUCCUGGCUCAGCUCCUUCGAUUCUGCAUGCAAGAAAGAACCCAUUUGAUUUUCUUGAGCAUUCCAGUGACAGUGGGGUCUCUGUUCAUGAUAAUUUAAGCCCCGGAGAAUCACCACCAACUUCUCAUCGUGACAUCUUCAGAAGGCACGAGAGCUUCAACUUUGGAACUACAGAUGCUAACCCCCAGGAGAGACGAUUGUCUAGAUUGAAGCCAUAUUUUGUCCCUGAGACAGUGGAACAAGGCACCAGUAAUUUCCAAAGGCAGUUUAGUGACAAGAGUGACUCUAAAUUAAGUUCUGUUACAGAAUCUGAUAUGGCUUCUUCGGUUGCUGAUCAGGAGGAUCACAAUGACCUUGAUGAAAAGGACGUGCACAGGGAGGAUGUGUCACUAGCUCUCCUGAGACAGGACAAUGACCUUGCAGAUGCUGGAAGUGAAUGCUCAGAUGGUAUCAACUCUGUGGAUGUUGAACUAGACCACAGUGACAUUGAUGAGCGUGAGAUUGCUCUACAGCAUUUUGUCUUCGAAAGGUCGCAAGAAAGAGAAGCAUAUGUUGCCUCGACAAAAGGGAAGGGUCAUGAUGAAGAUUACAUACUCGAGUCAGCUGGAGACUCCAUGAUGCCACUUCAUCCAGUCACUGACCUGCUUAGCUGGGAAAAUGCAGAUGGUGAAAGCUACCUUGGUGCUAAUUCUUCUAUGGAACCAAACACAGCAGUUGAAUUCUCAGAAUGGCUUUCCUCUCCUAGGCCAGCUGAAGAGCAUGAGUCAAGAUCAGGAGACCUUGGUCUUUGUGCAACCAAUAUAGCCGAUGGAAAUAGAGACAUAGAUUCCAUAUCGUAUUCAAACAAUAAAAUCCCGUUUGACAACCUGAUUCAUGGAUCUAUGGAUUUGCUUAGUGAUUUUGAAAAGGAUACUUUGCCGGCAAUAUCUAUGGACCUUCACCCUAUUCCUGAGGAGAUGGUUGUUGAGAACUUCAAUAUUAUGCAACAAAAGCAUGAAACUGCGAUAUUUACUGAUUCUGCUACUGCCUUGACUGACUUGCAUGUAAUUGAAGAGCACUUUGAUGUUGCAGCUGAAGUUUGUUCGAGCCCAGAGGUUGUUUCCUUGUGUCUCCCUGAAACAACUGAUUCCAUCCAAUCUCCAUCAGUUGAGCCUGAAGAGAUCUUAAGGACAUUUUUCUCCACGGCUUCUGAACCUGACAGGGUGGGUAUGAUUGAUAUGAAGGAAGAAAUAACUUCAGGAUAUCUAUUUGAUUCUGAUGGUGAUGCUGAUAAAAUCUAUCCCGAGCCUUCAGAGGAUAACGGUAUUGAUGAAAGUUUCCUGUCAGAACUUGAUGUGGUGGGGGACUUCCGGGUAGAACCAAUGAGACUGGAUCAGCAAGUGCCUGAUCUUAGUUCCCAUUCUGAAAAACCUGCUGCUGGUAUUGCAGAAGACUCCUUGAUUAGCACUCGGGCUUCUGGUGACAUCACCACAUCAGAUGCCAGUGCAUUAGACUCUAGUGAGCUGUCUCAAUUGGCUGAUUACCUAAGUCACUCUGAUCCUGAAUUUAGUUGGUCAUUAGGAACAUAUCAUGAUGAUCCUGAGCAGACUGUCUACAAUCCGCGGCGGAGGAUUCUUGAAACAAUGAACACAGAGUUGAACUUAGCAUGCGACGAGACAGAAAUCACAGAAGUGCCUUCUGUGAAUACAUCGUCAGAAGCAUACUUAAGCAUUGGAGCAAGCAAACAGGAAGCUGGUAAAACUGAACCCGUGGCAGCUAACACUGAUGCUGUGAUGGCUGUUGAUCCCAAGUCUCUAGAGGACAUAGAGACAGCCUUUAAACAAGCGAGUGAUGGUGGUGUUGACGAGCCCAACCGGGACUUUCAAACCUCACACGUCUCAGGUGUUGAUAUUGACACAGAGCCCAUAAAGGGUUCUGGAGAGUUGCGUGUCAUUGACGCAAAAUCUGUCAACGACAUUUGUGCUGCUUUUGAAGAACACACGGGUGUUGGUUUGCAUAGUUGUCCAGAACAAAACGAAGAUAAAGUUGGAUCUGGAGAGACGGCAGAAUGCGCAAGAUACAAUGAUCUUCUGGAAGGAACACAUGUUGAAAUUCUGGAUUCGGCUGGAGACAAUAGAGAGCCUGAACUAAUGAAGACUGCAGGCAACAUAAGUUGUAUUGAGGCAAAGACCGUUGAUGACAUCCAUGCAGUGUUCACGAAGCUCUCUGAUUGUCAUGAGAGGAGUAUCGUAGAAGCAAUUGAGUCGAAAGAUACUCACGAGAGAAGAGAGGAAAGUGAAGAAUAAGGAGUUUCUAUCAUUGCGAAAGAGGCCUUAACCAAGUUGGAACUUGGGACAGAUUUUUCUUGACUUGAAGGUGCCUAUUCUUUGUUCUACUGAUGAAGCACUCCUUUCAGCACCACACGGUCCUUCUGUUCUGCAUAUAGUUUCCAAUACUGAAAAGUAUGAAGUUUUGCUCUAGUUUUUUUGUGGAUGAUGCUUUUUUCUCUGUUUGAGGUUUUGACCGUUUGUAUUCAUUUUGAAAAAAAAAAUCUGGCAUGUUCUCCCCCUCCUCUGUCUGUAAUUUCUUUGCUCGGGCAGUGUGGUGUGGUGACAGGGAGAGAAAACAGUCAUUUCUGUCAUGUAAUGUAGAUUUCUUUGGCAACUUGAUGAAAGUGAGGUGAUUGAAAUGUAAGAGAGAGCUUGUGCAGCUGGAAAUAGAGGAAGUACAAUGUGCUAAGUGCAUACCUGCCUGCCUGCCUUGGGUUUUUUCCCACUUGGACUGCUACUUCCGGACUGUAGAAGAUCGUAUUUUUCUUUCGUAUAAGACAGUGGAUAUCACUUCAGUUCUG